UAGUGUCUGUUUUUUUUGAAGAAAAAACAUUUUAACUGUAUUUUCAUUUUAUGUUAAACAGUAUACAUUAGAAUUUCUAACUAAAUCAUGACACGAACUAUCAAUCAAAAUGGUUUACAAUUAAUCAAACAAUUGGAAGGAUUUCGUGGAAAUUAUUAUAAUGAUCAAAUUGGUCAAAAAACCAUAGGCUAUGGACACUGUAUCCAAUAUAGAGGUCCAAUUGAGCCCCGAUAUCGGGUGCCGUUAAGUGAAUCGGACGCCAGCCGUCUGUUGCGUGAAGAUCUGCAUUUGGAUGAAGAGUUUGUCCAACGGGUGACCAACGGUCGGCUUAAUGACAAUCAAUUUGCAGCCUGCGUUAGCUUUUCAUUCAAUAUGGGAACGGAAGCAUUUCGUGGCACACAAAUAUUGACAAACAUAUUGGCCGGCAAUUAUGCGGCCGCCGGUCAAGCGUUUGGUCGAUACAAUUCAAUGCAGGGACAGGUAUUAGAUGACCUAACGGAGCGCCGGCGACAGGAAAGACAAUUGUUUGAAAGUCGUUAUUAGUUUUUAGUAAUGUUUUUGAUUAUUUUGAUUAUUUUGAUUAUUUUGUUGAUAAAUUAUUUUUUAAAAAUUAUCAAAAUAUGAAAUAGUUUUUUUAAUACAUUUUUUGUUGACGAAAUUAUUUUGUUUUAGACUGAUUAAUGAAAUUUAUUUUAAAAAUUAAAUAUCUAUUAUCUUAUCAAAAAAUUUUGUCACUCUAAAUAAUAAUAAUAAUUUAGUAAACAUUAUUAAAUUAAUUAAAUAAUAUG